GCUGAGAGGAGCCUAUAGGAAGAGUAAGCCUCUAGUAGGAGACGUAUUGAAUAUCCCUCCGAGAACCGGAAGGUAAGCUUCACGUUGCCACAGGUUGACGCCGUACGCAAAUGUCACCUCCAAACGCAGCGGCUGAUCGCCAUUCCGGCCGCUUACUCGUAUUCGACGGCAUUGCUGCAGUGUAACCUGUGCUCUGAAAGCGCUUCUCUCCUCAUAUCCUUGCCUCCCACGAUAUGAACGUAACACAAGGGGAAAGACAUAAAGGCGGCUUCGCUGGACCUCUGCCAGAUUUGGCGCGAUUGAGUCUUUUUACGCUCCGGUCGAACUUCCGUCCUCUUUCUCUCCGAGACCUUUGCCGAUAUCCGGAUGCCGGCCCCAAGUACUACAUCGAAAACUCCAAGGAAUUAGAAGGCUAAGGCGUGCGCCAAUAUGGCCUCUUCUAAGGACUACACCUUCCUGGCCUAUGACUCCGGAGGCGAGGUACUACCAAACCCCUGUAAAUUCACCGGUAUCCAGCCGUGGAUAGGAUGUCUGUCCGUCUUCAGUACCACAUUUGUCUCCCUCAUGCUGGUCGCCGUUCUCGUCCGAGUUUUUGUUCGCGUCAAAGUUUUGAAGAGUUGGGGAUGGGAUGACGUGACCUGCAUUCUCGCAGCGUUUGGGUCCUUAGCACACGCGUGCCCGCAAAUAACCAAAUUCAAGAUUGCCGAGGACGGGUCAGUUAUUGACAUUGAAUGGCUCUUCCCUGGAAAUUCAGACCUGCUGCUAUAUUCGGACAGUAUAUCAUUCCCGAUAACCAUAUUCUUCACGAACCUCAGCAUUCUACUCUUCUAUCUUCGGAUCUUCUCCAUUAGCAGGCCGCUACGUCUUGCUACAUAUGUGGUGAUUGCUGCUAUCACCGCAUUCAGUACCUGUAUGCUAGGUGCCGGAAUAGCUUUCUUAACGAGAUGCAAUUUCAUUUACGACCCGGCCGCAUUUUGUCAAGCUUACGUUGGGCCGAUUGUGAUUCUAUAUGGAAUUUUCAACUUCGUCACCAAUUUCGCAAUUCUCGCGUUGCCCUUCCCCAUUAUCACGAGGCUUAACCUGAACUUCAAACGCAAGUUGGGCCUUGCUACUGUUUUCGCAGCCGGUCUUACUGUGUGCGCCAUAAGUUUAGUCCGGGCAGUGACCCUCAUUGAGUAUUAUACAAGUAUUUUCAGCAUCUUCCGGACUGAUGCCAUCCAAGUUCUAUACGCAACUGUCGAGAUCGAUAUCGGAAUUAUAGUGACCUGCGCGCCAUGCUUUCCCUCCUUCUACUCUCAUUUGAAGGCCUGCAUGAAAACAGCCACCGCCAGCAUCCGCCAAAAACUGAAUUAUCCAGGCAGAACGGCGAAGAAGUGGCCUGGAGUUCGACCGAGUUUACCUGCUACGCCGCGCAGGGAACCAAGUCAUAUCGUGGAGGCGCCGACUGCUUGUGCGGAACUCCCCGAGGCCCCUUCAGCAACCCGCAUCCUUUUACACGUGUGAAGGAGCCGCUAAGUGUUUGUCCUCUACCGUCGUUUAGAUGGUCACAUAAGCUACUGGAUACUCGAGAAAAGGGAAGAAAUGCGUUAUUCGAUAUACUUUCAAGCAGAGAGAUGGGUUAGAGCAGAGAAUAGGAGUCAAGACCACGAUUGAUGAUGCGGGUUUUGGAAAGUAUCUGAGUCGGAAUCCCCGAGUACAUUGCCACUCUAUAAUUCGCAGAGCAUAGUAUUUCUCUCAUUUCAUCGAUUUUACCUGGGAGCUGUUCCUUUUCGACAUGUCACUUCAGAUUCUCUAAUACCGUCUCCUAUCGUUCUAAGCCUAGAGUUCCCCUACGACAUGGUUGAUAAUUACUUAACUUGGAUACUAAACUUGUCACAUGAAAAUAUGCGUACCUGUAUUUCUACAUUUCGUUCGGUAUAGUC